UGUUUAGCAAUUAUUUUUCUAGAUGCAGCACAUCUUGUGCGUCAAACAGCACGUCACGCUCCUGUAAUCGCUAUUCAUGAAGUUGUGGUAUUGUUGAAAAGAGCACGAUGGAAAAGCAACACAACGAGCUCAGGCAGAAUUGUUAAACAGAUGAAAAAAAAAAACGAAUGAAAAUGAUCAAGUAAUUUCCUGAUUCGACAUAAAAACUAUCCCAAUCCCUGUCAACAUAAAUCUCCCAAAGAUCGACCCAUUGACAACACAGGUAAUCAAUUAUUGCCGAUAUAGCAUCGCCGAGAGCGUCUUUAACGUCCCCCUCCACAUGUAAUUAUAGCAACGAUGUUUGAGGAAGAUGCGGUGUGUAAUCUAUAGGCGCUUGCAGCAGGUACGCGCUGCUGCCUCUUCACUCGCGCGCUGAUGUACGCGCGCACGCACGCACACCGUCUCGCUUAUUUCCUUGGGCAGCGCUGGAUGUGAGACGUCAGCGUCACCGCCGCAGCCCGUAGACACACGCAGCUCGCGGCCACGCGUUUCUCCACAGCGUCUGGAAGAAGCGAAGUCCGGAUAACGCAACAUACUGGCACGCAAACAUUUCCCCGCUGUAUUAUCACCUUUCUAUGGAUACCAGAUAAGGCCACUCCAUGACAGUUUCAAGACGCGCACAACGUCUUUGCGCAUCCCACAGCAACGGAGUCUCAUCUUGGAAUUGCUGAAAAUACUACAAGACAUUAGACAACGCUGCACGCACCACUCCAGACCUGACAUGACCGGAGGGGUUCGUGGAAUGGCUCGCUUGGGGCUGUGUGGGCUUUUAUUCGGGCUGCUGAGGCUCAGCUCGGCGUGUCCUGGGUCGUGCUUUUGCAAUACCUCGAGGAUCUCGUGUAUCGAUCAAGAUCCAGGGAUCGAGGAUUUCCCUGUCUUGAUGUCGGAGUCUGACAUGGAAAACAUCACGGAUAUAUACAUCUCAAAUCAAAAAAGGCUACUUACAAUCAGUGAGGACCAUAUGAAGUUCUACUCAAAUCUCAGGAAUUUAACAGUGACCAAUACUCACCUGACAUAUGUAUCUACGAUGGCCUUCUUCAACAACUCCAAACUUCAAUAUCUGAAUCUCAGAGACAAUAACUUAUCAACACUGUCUUGGAGGGCAUUUCGUAAUUCAAACUUGUCCACUUUGUUGCUCUCCGGAAACCCUUUGCAAUGUGAAUGUAAGAACAUCUGGAUCAAGGUCUGGUUGGAUGACAGUGAGAGAGAUGGGCUGCAGUGUCUACUGGAAGGAGGAAGAGCAAAAGCCCUCUCUAGACUCAAUCUUCCUUCAUGUGAGUAUCCACGUGUCGAUGUCAUCCCUGCUGUUGUCAGUCAAAUGGCAGGAAGUGAUGCCACAGUGAUGUGUAGUGUGUCAGGAGCCCCGACCCCUGAGCUCUCCUGGAGCUUAAACUCCAGUGAUAACCCUCCUCUCUCAACCAGCCAUGAGAUUUCUCACACACUGGAGCUGCAGUCUAUUCUGACUCUGAGUGGCCUUUCACCUGAUGACAAUGGCAGAGAGCUCACCUGUAGUGCCGAGAACAUUGUGGGCCAGACUGAGGCUUCAGUCCUUCUCAAUAUUCUUUUUCCCCCUAGUAUCGUGCAGCUGUACCAGCCUGUGAGAAAUCAGGACUGGUGCAUCCCUUUCACUGUGACGGGCAACCCAAGGCCUGAUCUGCACUGGUACCACGAGGGAAAGCUGCUGGAGGAGCAGCAGUUCAUCAGGACUGAAAUCCAUGAAAUCACGGAUACAGAGUACCACGGCUGCCUGCAACUGGACAUUCCCACUCAUAUCCAUAACGGCAUUUACACGCUGGUGGCUAGCAAUGAGUUCGGAGAGGACAGGGCAAACGUGUCGGCACACUUCAUGCACACACCUGAUGUGGACCACUCAGGGACAGAGGGAGUGUUCUAUUAUGAAACAACAUUUAGUCCAGAAACCCCACUGGAGGACAAAGUCGCGGUUUAUAUAGUGGUUGGAAUAGCUGGGGUUGCUUUAACUGGAUGUAUCCUGAUGUUAGUUUUCCUCAAGUAUGGCAGAAGCUCCAAGUUUGGUAUGAAAGGCUCUUCAUCUGUAAUCAGUAAUGACGACGACUCAGCCAGCCCGCUUCACCACGUUUCCAAUGGCAACAACACACCAUCAUCAUCAGAGAUGGGCCAAGAUGCCGUUAUCAUCGGAAUGACAAAGAUUCCAGUCAUCGAGAACCCCCAGUACUUCCGCAACCCUGGCAGCAUGAUGAAAUCGGACACUCUCGUACAACACAUAAAACGUCACAACAUUCUGCUGAAGAGGGAGCUAGGAGAAGGGGCUUUUGGGAAAGUGUUCUUAGCUGAAUGCUACAACUUGUCUCCUGACCAAGAGAAGAUUUUGGUGGCUGUUAAGACUCUGAAGGAAGCCAGUGAAAGUGGACGAGCAGAUUUCCACCGAGAGGCAGAGCUCCUGACCAACCUGCAGCAUGAGCACAUUGUCAAGUUUUAUGGCGUGUGUGUAGAAAGCGACCCUCUCAUUAUGGUGUUUGAGUACAUGAAACAUGGAGACCUCAACAAGUUUCUCAGGGCUCAUGGCCCAGAUGCAGUGCUGAUGGCAGAUGGACAGCAGAGUUUUCUGGUGGAGUUAACUCAGCCUCAGAUGCUGCACAUUGCUCAGCAGAUAGCAGCAGGCAUGGUAUAUCUGGCCUCACAGCAUUUCGUGCACAGAGACCUGGCCACACGCAACUGCCUGGUGGGAGAGAACCUGCUUGUCAAGAUAGGAGACUUUGGCAUGUCUAGAGAUGUGUACAGCACUGACUACUAUAGGGUGGGUGGUCACACCAUGCUGCCCAUCCGCUGGAUGCCCCCAGAGAGCAUCAUGUACAGGAGAUUCACCACAGAGAGUGACGUGUGGAGUUUGGGUGUGGUCCUCUGGGAAAUAUUCACAUAUGGCAAGCAACCCUGGUACCAGCUUUCAAACAACGAGGUGAUCGAGUGUAUCACACAGGGUCGGGUGUUGCAGAGACCUCGUACUUGCCCCAAAGAGGUGUAUGACCUGAUGCUGGGCUGCUGGCAGAGGGAGCCCUACAUGAGACUCAACAUCAGAGAAAUCCACAACCUGCUCCAGAGCCUAGCCAAGGCCUCGCCUGUUUACUUGGACAUUCUGGGCUGAUCCGUUUGCCAGUAUGGGUGUGUAUAUGUGUAAGAAAAGUGUGUGUGAAUGUGUGGUAUAAAAGGAGUUAAGGAUGGUUUCGAGAUGAGUGAUUGAAUAUAGAUGUGUGUGCUUCUCUGUGUGUGUGUGUUCAUGCUUCAGCACUCUAACCACAUGGACUAAAAGGCCUUAAAGUUCACUGUGUGCAUUGCUUCAAGUUUUCCCACAUGUGGACAGGUCCAUCUAUCGUGCAUCAAUAUGUUUUCUAAAAACCAUAAAUAAGUCUAAAAACAGAAACAUCGGAUUGUUGUAAAUAUGCAUCAGAGACAAUGCAGACCUUUUGUUUAACAACCUUUUUGAAAAAGGUCAUUUGGUUUGGAAAGUUUGUAUUUGUUUUUCUCUUAUCAUUUUGUUUAUCGAGAUGGACAAAAUUCGGACUUGAUGAGGACCCAGUCAUUAGCACAACGCCCUGGCGUCAUUCUGGCAGACUUGCAGAUCGCGAUACUACUCAUAACGCAAACUAUCAAGUUACAAUCAUAACACAUCGGAUCUAAUUGUAGACUUUUCUGUGCCAGUUUUUGAUGUCUAUAAUGCUGGGGUGAAAGGCGUUUUUGGACAUCUUGGUGCGCCCCAUCUUACUCAGCGCAAACUUCAUAAUAGAAGCACAGCGACAAAGAAGCCUUUUUUUCUUCGGAAGAGGCUUGAGGUUGUACAGAGUGUUUGGAGUAAGUACAGAAGCAAAGUCACCAGCACUGGCACUUAACUAUUUUCUGAGACUUUGUUUGGCUCCCCGGCCAUAGUUUUGAUUCAAAGGGCACUUGUCUCUCUAACUGAGGUUUGAAGAACAAUGGGAAGAUGCUGUUCUUGUUUCAAUGGUAACAGUCUUUUUUUUUUACGUUAGGGUGCUUACACACUAGAAAACAUUUUUACGGAACACUUGAUGGAUAGAAAUCUGCAAGAUUUGUGUUUUUGAGGGUGUGGAAAAAGCCAUUUAUCCUAAAUAUUUCCCUGCCUUUGACCCUAGAGGCUGGAAUAGGUUCCAGCAUCCCUGCGACCUACAUCGGACAAGCGGCUUUGGAUUAUGGGUGGAUGGAAAGAGCCUGAGCUGUUUGAAAUAAAAUGGAAAUAAAGCCAAUUGGAUUUCUGAAAGCACAAUUGAACCCGCCUCCCUGGGAUUCUCAGUAGUAAACAGAUCCCUGCGUUAUAGCCAAAGUACAAAUUCCCUCCCCUUUUGGUCACAUAACUGAUCAUCGAACUAUUCUGAUCAUCCCACUAUUCUCUGACAUAAGAGUGAACUAGUGUUUAGGCACCCUUCAUCAUCAUCAUGUUGCAAUCUUAUGGACUGAAGAUUUAUUUCAGACCUGUUUCUGAGGAGUAUAUCCAUAGAUGUUGUUCAUAACACAACAGACCUUCCUGAUCAGCUGGAGUUGAUUGCUCUCAGAUUAUUCAUUAUUAUCUGUUUAUGUAUCAACUGCGAAAUAACUGCUAAAUAAUAUGUGUAUGUGAUAAUCUAUGAUCGAUUUGUUUUCUUUGUAUUGUGGGCCAUUUCAAAGCGAUGGGCACUGUGAAUUAAAUGUUCAUGUGAGAAUGAUUCGAGUCAGGCUGUCCCUGAGGUCACGACAGGAAGACCCUAUGAAGGGACCGUCCAGAUUCAACCGGUGUGUUUCAACUCCUCUUAAACAAGUUACCAGAGGAGGACUGCAAAGGACUGAAUGACAAAUACAAUUGUCAUUACACUACAAAGUGCAUUCAGACAGUAUUCAGAUCCCUUCAUUUUUGUCACAUUUUAUGUUGUAGCCCUAUGAUAAAAUGUAUUUUUUUCCCACUCUCCUUACACCACAUAGCAAAAACAAAUCUGUGAAAACUGCAUAUUUAUUAAAAGAAAAAAACCACAAAUAUCUCAACAAUUUAAGUAUUCAGACCCUCAAAGGGAUAAUUCACCCCAAAAUGAAAAUGUUGUCAUUAAUCACUUACCCCCAUGUCGUUCCAAACCCUUAAAAGCUUAGUUCGUCUUUUGGAACACUUGUGACUGGAGGCUGGUGACUGUCCCAUAGACUGCCAAGUAAAUUACACUGUCAAGCAUCGUCAGAAUAGUCCAUCUGCCAUCAGUGGUUCAACUGUAGAGUUAUGAAGCAACAACAUUACUUUUUGUGCGCAAAGAAAAAAACAAAAUAACGACUUUAUUCGACAAAACAUAAGCUGCCUGUGUACAGCUCAUAUUCUCCAAAAUGGCGCUAUGCUGACAUAGAGAGAGACAGAGGGGACAAAUUGUUGAAUAAUUUCAUUAUUUUUGAGUUAUUCAUAUACAAAAAGUAUUCUCUUCACUUCAUAACAUUAUGGUUGAACCACUAAUGGCAAAUGGAUUAUUCUGACAAUGAUUUUCACACUUUUCUGUAUGAAAGAAUCUUCUCUGUAGAUCCUUUGAAUCUGUCAGGUUGGAUGAGAACCAUUGGUGGAAAGAGAUUUUUAUGUUUGGAUACAAGCCUGAGCUCUAGCUUGAUCCCUCAUUGAACAUUCAUAGGGUCAUCGCUAAACUACUGCAUUAUAUGUGGUAAGGAGUUUAGAUUAAUGAGGUGAAAAAUUUAUUUUAGUAUGAAGGUGAGGUCACAAUUAAAAUUCCGCAAAUUUUCACAGGUGAAAUCCAGUCUUUUUUACAAACAUGAAGAAAUUAAGGAGUCUGAAUACUUUCUGAAUCCACUGUAAUCAUUUCUAUAGUGCUGUUUCUAUAGUUACUCCAGGGCUACAGUAUUCGACUUGUCCUCCUCUGCCAAUGUAAAUGUUUUUCAUCAAUUCUGAUCGAUGGGGCUCCUCGUGGACCCCAGCAAAGCAACACAUUUUGCACUGACUGACUGAUUCUUCGGAGUGUGAAGUACCAGAGAUGUGUUGCUUUGAGAGCGUUUGUAUAUAUGCAAUUAGACUGUAAAUACACGAGCAGGAUCAAUCAUUCUGUGUACACUGAUGUCAAAUUCUUUCCAAACAGUACACUGGCAGGACCUACUUUCAACAGCCGACUUUACAUGAGACAUCAUGAGUUGUCAAACAAUGUUUAAUCGAGUCAACUGUUGGUCAUUAUGGUCAUGAUCUUUUUGAGCAGUGACUUAUGACCUUUUAGAGCUUUGCACUUUCUUUAUAGAUAUACUGCUCAUAUUUUUGUAGUUUUCACCCUACAAUUGUAAGCACUGCAAAAAAAAAAAAAAAAAAAAGAAAGAAAAAAAAAGGAAAAAGAUGCUAACAAGUUUUCUUGGUGUUGCAGACUGACUAUAUGAAGACUUUGUUGAACAAAUUACUUUUUCUUUUUUUGCUAUACAGAUUUCUGUGUUCUAAUAGCCAGCCUGUACUUUAUAAUCCAUUCUGUACAGUUCUAAUAUAUGUCUAUAUAAUAGUAUGUUCUCUCUAUAUGUUCUGUUUCAAACAGGCAUCAUGUCAAAUGUGUGACAUUGUAAAAGGAAGAAAAACAUGUCUAAUGGGUCUCCGGCAAUAUGUGUGUAAACUGUUUAUUUUGCGUGACAAUGUAAAAAAGUUUUUUUUUUUUCUUUUCUCAUGUGGUUGUCAUAAUAAAAGUAUGAUUUG